ACUAACGUUAUUGUUGUGCGAGUAAUGUAAACCCCGAUUGACAUCCCUUUCCGUUUGUUGUGUUAUAACUCGUGGACCGAAAUUGUGUAAACCAUGGGUCGUGUGCCGACUGUCAACAGUAAGACAUAUGUGACGCCCAGACGUCCCUUUGAAAAGGAAAGAUUGGAUCAGGAGUUGAAACUGAUCGGCGAGUUUGGCCUAAGAAAUAAGCGCGAGGUCUGGCGUGUCAAGUAUACGUUGGCCAAAAUCCGAAAGGCCGCCCGAGAUUUGCUGACACUGGACGAGAAGGACAGCCGCCGACUGUUUGAAGGCAAUGCAUUGCUUAGACGAUUGGUCCGCAUCGGUGUCCUAAACGAAGGCAAAAUGAAACUCGAUUACGUCUUAGGUCUUCGUAUUGAAGACUUUCUCGAGCGACGAUUGCAAACACAAGUGUUUAAACACGGUUUGGCUAAGAGUAUACAUCACGCCCGAGUGUUGAUCAGACAGCGACACAUCCGAGUCCGCAAACAAGUAGUAAACAUACCGUCGUUUGUUGUUCGUCUGGAUUCCGAAAAGCAUAUCGACUUUUCGCUUAAGUCGCCAUUCGGUGGCGGACGUCCCGGACGUGUCAAGAGGAAGAACAUGAGGAAAGCUCAGGGCGGCGGCGGUGGUGCUGAAGAAGAGGAAGAAGAUUAAAUAUAACAGCCAUUCAAUCAAACGCCCGAUUGAAUAUCCAUUUUCAAACUUUUUGUGGUU